UGACUCUGGCGAUCUGGAGAAUAAGAGGGAAUGUUGACUAGGGAGCACCGCUGCUGCGGAUCAGAGGAGCAGGAACCGGAGCCCUGGCUGAGUCCGAAAAAAGCCGGAUCCGGACGGUGGCCUCGGAACGGCUGGAAGUGGAGGAUGGAGGAGCCAGAGGAGCCUGCGGACAGUGGGCAUUCCCUGCCCCCGGUUUACAUCUAUAGUCCCGAGUAUGUCAGCAUGUGCGAUUCCCUGGCCAAAGUCCCCAAACGGGCCAGUAUGGUACAUUCUUUAAUUGAAGCAUAUGCACUGCAUAAGCAAAUGAGAAUAGUUAAACCCAAAGUGGCCUCCAUGGAGGAGAUGGCCACCUUCCAUACCGAUGCCUAUCUGCAGCAUCUCCAGAAGGUUAGCCAAGAAGGAGAUGACGAUCAUCCAGACUCCAUAGAAUAUGGUCUAGGUUAUGACUGUCCAGCUACAGAAAGGAUAUUUGACUACGCAGCAUCUGUGGGAGGGGCUACAAUCACAGCUGCCCAAUGCCUGAUUGAUGGAAUGUGCAAAGUAGCAAUUAACUGGUCUGGAGGGUGGCAUCAUGCAAAAAAAGAUGAAGCAUCUGGUUUUUGUUAUCUCAAUGAUGUUGUCCUGGGAAUAUUACGAUUGAGACGGAAAUUUGACCAUAUUCUCUAUGUGGAUUUGCAUCUACACCAUGGAGAUGGCUGCUUUCAGAUUUAUAAUUUUGGAUCAGUUGUUGCAGUUUCCUUCCCUGUAAUACUCUGUGUACUAAAGGAGGUAUAUAUGGCCUUUAAUCCCAAAGCAGUGGUCUUACAGCUGGGAGCUGAUACAAUAGCUGGGGAUCCCAUGUGCUCCUUUAACAUGUCUCCAGUGGGAAUUGGCAGGUGUCUUAAGUACAUCCUUCAGUGGCAAUUGGCAACACUCAUUUUGGGAGGAGGAGGCUAUAACCUUGUCAACAUGGCUCGAUGCUGGACAUACUUGCCCGGGGUCAUCCUAGGGAAAACACUAUCCUCUGAGAUCCCAGAUCAUGAGUUUUUCACAGCAUAUGGUCCUGAUUAUGUGCUGGAAAUCACGCCAAGCUGCCGACCAGACCGCAAUGAGCCCCACCGAGUCCAGCAAAUCUUCAACUAUAUCAAAGCCUCUCGGGCCUUUAAAAUCCUUCUAUUCCGGGCCCUUUUCUAG